ACAGCAAAAUAAUUUUGCCCUAACCUUCCUCUUCCUCCCGCUCUCUCGCGUUACUCUCCCAGUCUGCGACAGCCUCCUCAUACCCUCUCUGCUUCUUCCUUUCUCAUCCACCAUCGCAGCCAGAAGCCGACUGGAAUAUCGACGCUACAUCUUCAGUCCUCUUGUCACCAUUUCGUGGUAUAAAAAGUAGGUUGUGCAGAUAGAAAGAAACCAGAGAUGAGUAUUGGUGGUGAAAAAGGAUCUGUGUCAACAAAGACACCAGCGGACUUUCUCAAAUCAAUUCGGGGCCGUCCCGUAGUUGUGAAACUCAAUUCUGGUGUUGACUACCGAGGUAUUCUUGCCUGUUUGGAUGGAUACAUGAACAUAGCAAUGGAGCAGACCGAAGAAUACGUAAAUGGGCAGUUGAAAAACAAAUAUGGCGAUGCUUUCAUCCGUGGGAAUAACGUUUUGUACAUCAGUACUUCGAAGAGGACAGAAGGGUCUUCUUAGCGUAGCUAAGACUCCCGACGGGAAAUGCCACAUCCUUUGCAGUACGUGAUGUUCCUUCAGUCUCAUGCUGUAAAGUGAGAGAUCAAUCGGAAUUGGAAACUCAUCAUUGAAAUUGUAAUGUACAAUGACGUAGAAUCCACCCAUGGCGCUAUGCUGUUAUUGUUCUUGUGAACAACUUCGACAAAGAAAAAAAAAAACUUGUUUAGUUGGAAAUGGAAUGCACAUUAUGAACCUUUGGUUUUUUCUUAUUGAAUUGCUAAUCUGAUUUUCCCUCGUGUUUUUUA